AACAAUAAUACUGGCAAUAAUAACAAGAAUAGUAGUAAUCUUGCCAGUCUAGAUGAACAAUACGCCUCAACCAAACCUUCGGACUUUGAUCAUUCUCCCAAUAACUAUCUUGACUCCAACUGGGCCUCGUCCCUUCUCAUGGAUCCAGGCUCAGAUAUCUUGUACAACUUCGACUUACCACACAACAAUAACACUAAUAACAACACUACAACUGCUUCCACCAAUUCUAUCAUCCAUAACAUUCAAUUCCAAAAUAAUAUACAUUCAGGUGCUAUUCCCAGCAGCAGUGGAAGAGACUUUUCUGUGAACCGAGUAGGAGCCAGCUUUCAAGCUCAGUCUCAGAGUCAGACUAUCUCAUCCCUGGCAUCAACUCCAACAACAGCAGUAUCGAAACCUACCAAACAAAGACGACCAUGCGACAACUGUAGACGAAGGAAAACCAAGUGUGUUCUUCUUCCAGAUACGAACAACUGCGUUCAGUGCGAAUCCAAGUCGCUCCAAUGUACAUACACCAGUCUGGCCAUCAAGAGGAAGCCUACUGAUAUUGACGAUGGCCCAUCGAAGAGAAAGAUGGACGUCAAGGGCGCCAACGAUAUAACAAACCCAAACUUGAGUCUCUUGCAGGGAGAUCAAUCCAUAAUAGUAGCGCCCAAUGUUCCAAUCCGCGACGUGGCACCCGUUCAAGACUACUCGGUAAUGAAUAACUCGCUCUUGAAGAAGACAUUAUCGUUACAAUUCCCGAGAUCUAGUUUCUACGUAGGACCAACUUCUUACUUGUAUGAUAUCAAUCUAUUAAACUUAAUAAUAGAUUCCCAGAAUAACGCCAAUAACAGCGGAGAUAGUCCCAGCCGUGGUCCUUCUCCGAAUAGCUCAUCUGUGGGUAAGAUAGGGCAAAUUAACUUGAAUAGUGCUAUUUCCUUGAGAAAGGUGAGUGAUAAGGCUCAGUUUGUACUCAAGGACGAUCAGUCGCCCCAGUCCUAUCAAACUAUGUCAAAUGAUGUAGAUACGAUCGAAAAAUUCAUUGCCCCACACGGUCAGAUCUUAAUUGACCUUUACUUUAGAAUCAUUCAUCCUUCCUACCCCAUUUUGCAUAAGAAGGUCUUCUUGGAAAAGUAUUCAAGAACACAUAGAGAAUUUAGUGCGCCACUCUUAGCUGCCGUGUACGUUUUGGCAAUUCAAUGGUGGGACUAUGAUCCUCAGUUGAAUAAGUUCCCAAAACCCAACGUUGAAAUGAUUCUUAAGAUCGGCCUCAACAAUUACUUCUUGGAGAUUUUGAAAAGGCCAAAGUUGAGUGCAGUUCAGGCCGGAUUAUUAUUGUUGCAAUGCAAGCAUAUCAUUCAAUCCAAAAAGUUGAGCAAUAACAACGUUGGGACUGGACCAAACGCAUCAGUGGGACCUUCUGCAAUUGGAGAUACUGACUAUAGUGAAUGGGUUUUGUGCUCUCAAGUUGUAGCUCUUGCAGAAGAAUUGGGUCUUGGUUUGGACUGCAAUAAUUGGAAGUUGCCCAAAUGGGAAAGAGGAUUGCGAAAGAGAUUAGCUUGGGCAGUUUACAUGGAGGAUAAAUGGCUUUCCUUGAAGCAUUCUAGACCUACGCAUAUCAAUGACCUCAACUGGGUGGUUGUUCAGUUAUUGGAAGAAGAUUUUCCUGAAAAACACGGUGAUGGAGACCUCAAAGAGGGUUCUUCUGACAUUGACAAUGGCAAGAAGAUUUUUAUUAACUUAAUUCAGUUGACGAUGAUAUUAUCUGAUAUCAUUAAUCAAUUCUAUUCAAUGCGUGCGAUGUUAGAAAUCACUGAUGUUAAUCAAGUAUUGAAAUUGGCAAAACCGUUGCAAUUGAGAUUGAGGACAUGGUAUCAUUCUCUUCCAGUCGAGCUUCAAAUGAGCUCAGUUCAACCACGCAAACUAUGUUCCAAUGGUUAUUUGCAGUUAGCUUAUUUUGCUACUGAACUUACUUUGCAUCGCAAAAUCACCACCGUAAUCUACCAGCAAACACUUGCAGGUACUCCUCCUCCGAAAGAAUUGAUUUCUGUUUGUCGUACUGCUGCAAAGACUAGAUUAUUGGCCUCGAUUGAGUUUGUAAGAGACUUGAAACCAGAGCAUAUCCAUUCUUUCUGGCAUUCUUCAUCUUCCUCCAAUUUCACUCUCAUUGGAACUUUUGCUGCUAUUCUAUUCAUGUCUGCUCCAGGAAAAGAAGAAGCUGACUUCUAUCGUGAUCAAAUAUACAAUUACAGAUGGAUCUUGAAGAUAUCAUCUAAAGGAUUUGAUCAAGUUGGAGAAGCUUUAGCAAAGUUAGAUUUGGUCCUUAAUCACAUUCCAGAGUUGUUGAAUGAUGGCGUAGAUAUGCCAAUGGUAGUCCCAAAUGUUCCCACAGUUGAUUACCAAAGAGUCAAUCAGCAAAGACAGCAAGGCUCAGGACAGCCUACCACAUCCUAUAAUCCACCUCAAGUUCCUAGUCAAUCUCAAUACUCUGGACAAGUACCCUACAAUAAUGGAGGAGUUAACUCCAACCCCAGAAUGAGAGCUCCUGCUCAACAACAAUACCGGUUGAAUAGUCAACAUUCCGCAAAGGGCGUGGGUGGGUUAUCUCCAUACACCUCUCCUCAGAACUUCACAACUCCAACUUAUGGACAAGGUGGA